CCCAACGCACGUCACUCAUCGUCAAUGCGCCGCAACAAACGCCAACAAGGGCCCAAUUCUUGACUGCAUUAGAUCUGCGACGACGCCCGUGGCUUUGAACCCGCCCCGACGUCUCACACACCUCACAUCUCUCCGCGCCGAGAUCAUAGCGCGACGGCUGCAUCCGCUUGCAUAGGGCAGGCGCCCGCAAAUUCCGACCAUGUCGUCUAGGCCCCCGUCACGCGUCGUCUUUGUCGGCAACAUCCCCUACGGGCUGUCCGAGGAGCAAAUAACAGACAUCUUCUCGAGCGCUGGCAAGGUCGAGCGCUUCCGCCUCGUCUACGACUCCGAGACCGGUCGCCCCAAGGGCUUUGGCUUCGCAGAUUAUCCCGACACAGAUUCUGCGGCGUCCGCCGUUCGCAACCUGAACGACUACGAAAUUAUGGGUCGCAAGCUGCGUGUUGACUUCAGCAACGAACAGAAGAGUGGUGACGAUGACAACAACCAGACAUCAAUACACAUACCCACUGCCGCCAACGGCGCAGGAGCGGGCGCGUAUGGCUCCCAAGCCAGCUCCCUGCCCCCGCUUCCGGCCGGCAAGGAGGUUCCUCCAGGGGUAACCUGCACCGAUGCCAUCUCCCGAACCCUCAACACGCUUCCGCCGCCGCAACUCCUUGAUAUCCUCGGGCAGAUGAAGGCACUUGCCACGUCGGAUCCACAGAGAGCCACCGAACUCCUACAACAAGCCCCCCAGCUCACCUACGCCGUCUUCCAAUCGCUGCUCCUCAUGGGCCUCGUGUCGCCCGAGGCGAUUCAGUCCGUCUCCGAGCCAGGUGCCCCUUCUGCCGUGCCACAGCCGGCUGCCGGCUUUCCUGCCCCGAUCCCCGGGUACCCUGCCGCGAAUAACACGCCGCCGGUCGCAGGCGCACCAUACGCGCCGCCUCCGGCAGCGGCCCCGGGGUACGGCGUUCCAGCGCCAGUUGCCGCCCCGCAGGAUACGGAUGCUUUGAUACGGCAGGUGAUGGAACUGCCCCAGUCGCAGAUCGACCUGCUCCCAGAGGCCGAGCGACAACAAAUUUUGGCUCUAAGGGCAAGCUUUGGCGUCCAGCCCCGGAGGUGAUUGCAACGCAGCCAUGCCACGGGCUCCGCUUUGGAGUCUGGGGGGCCGUCGCCGCUAUAGACAUAAUGCGACGUCCCUAUGCCGGGAGCGCGAGGUCUGCCGCCCCGAGACGGGCACGACCCCAAGCCAUUCUCAUUGGAAGAAUUCUCAUUGAAGGAAGGCAACCACCUCGGGAGGCCCACGCGAUCUCAUGGACGGGGGUCAGACAACACAUCACCGAUACCUACAUUCGGCAAGCGAAAUGCCGGAAUAAUGCAUAUAGCUACACGUGAGGGUAGCAAGCAUAAGAUUUCAAGUGGCAGCCAAGACGGUUUGCCACCAUUGGGCGACUGCUUGAGGUAGCAGUAGAGGACUAUGGAAUGCCCCACGGGAGCUGGCAUCAAGGGAAGGCGUCAACGCGUAUUGCGCGACAAUGCUCAAGGGCUCCGCCGAGCACUGUCUAGCCAGGAUGGACCCGGGUAGUAAAACCAUAAUUGCAGUCCCUAUCCGAUUACGCUUUGCUUAGUGAUGUCAAGGGAGAAGUAAAUCCACAAGGAAGGAAUCUCAAUUUUCCUGUGCUUGUAGCAUCAUGCAAAUGACUGACUAUACGACAUCGUGUUCUGGCCAGAAAGGAGGC